GAAUUAAGCGACGAGGCCUGGCAGACUUUUGAAAUCUCCCUUUCGCGAGGAAAAUGGCUCUUAACAAAGAGUCUGUGGAUUCCCAUUUUUCGUUUGUUCCAAAAGUUGUUAACGGCGGUAUCGCUGGGAUCGUCGGUGUAACCUGCGUUUUUCCAAUUGAUCUGGUUAAGACGAGGAUGCAAAAUCAACAAGAUGGCAAAAAGUUAUACAAAAAUGUUUUGGACUGUGCUGCAAAAACAUAUCGUGCUGAAGGAUUUUUUGGCAUGUACAGAGGAAGUGGUGUCAAUCUCCUUUUAAUUACACCAGAAAAAGCGAUUAAAUUAGUCGGCAAUGAUUUUUUUCGUUAUCAUUUAAAACCUGAGGGCAAACCUUUAACUCCAAUUCGUGAAAUGUUUGCUGGAGCUGGUGCAGGAACUUGUCAAAUUAUUAUCACUACACCAAUGGAAUUAUUGAAAAUUCAAUUACAAGAUGCUGGUCGAACAUCAAUUCCUGUAACUAACAGCAGUGGUACAGUAGUAGCGACACGACAGACUGCUACUCAAUUGGCUAUUAAAUUGGUUCGUGAAAAAGGAAUAUUUGGUUUAUAUCGUGGAAUGGGUGCUACAUUUUUACGUGAUGUUUCAUUUUCUAUGAUAUAUUUUCCAUUAUUUGCAAAUUUUAACGCUUUAGGUCCAAGAAGAUCUCCAAAUAGUGUAGAGGCUGUUUUCUAUUGGUCAUUUCUAUCAGGAUUUUUAUCAGGAACAAUAGCUGCAUUCAGUGUGACCCCAUUCGACGUUGUUAAGACUCGACUACAAACAAUUAAACAUAUUGAAGGAGAGAAAGUAUUCAAAGGAAUAACAGAUUGUUUUGUACAAACAUUACGUAAUGAAGGUGUUCAUGGUCUAUUCAAAGGGGCUGGUUGUCGUGUUAUGGUUAUGGCACCAUUGUUUGGUAUAGCACAAACUGUAUAUUACCUUGGUGUUGCUGAACGAAUUUUAGGUUAUCCAAGAUAUUAAAACAAAAAUGAAUGAAUUAUACACACAUACAAUCAUUCAUUUUCAAUUCAUAAAAAUGAAAUGAUGCAUUGAUACCCUGCCACCAAAUGUAUUCAUUCAUAUCUACUUCUAUUUUUUUUCCACAGAGGAUAGGGGAACAGUAAGGAAAUAAUAAGGUUACGCAAUGCAUUCUUUCUAGCAAUAAAUCAUUAUUAUUUUCUAUACAAUUUUGUGAUAAAUAAUUUGUAUUGCUUUACUAAUAGAUAAUAAACCAUUAUGAUGUGUUUACUUCGGUUGAAUUCCAUAUUGAUAUUGUGUUUCCUUCUUUCAAUCCCUUUUUCAAUUAUUUUAUUAUUAUUCCUCCUCUUGUUUUCACAUACCAAAAGUGUAUACUCUUUGUUCCAAUUAACACGGGCGUUUUAUUAUUAAGUUAUAACUGUGAUUUUCUAUUUACUUCGUCUUUGUAUAAUUAAAUUUCCUUAUGCCUUGUCCGUAUACAUUCGAUGGACACACACACACCUUGAUUAGAGAUAUAUGUACUAAAUAUUGAUGAUAAAAAGUGAACGAAUCUCUGUUAUAUUUCCUCUUAUAAUCCUUUGAGAAAAUCACUAGGCCACAUCUAUCUUUGUUUAUUAUUUAAUAAAAGCGGUUGUUUUUGUUUGUACAUAUGUCGUGAUUAAUUAAUGUAUCUAUUAUAUACAUUAAUUACAUUAUCAUAUCUGAUUAUGUAACUAGUUAUUAUCAUGUUAAUUAUUACCUUUAUUGUUUCGAUUAUCAAACAUUUUCCCUACUUUCUCCCCCCUCUCUCUCACACUCUCUGUCUCUCUUUCUUUAAGAUUAUAUUUUUAUAAAAUUUGAUUGAGUUUCACCUUUUUAUUAUAUUUAUUUGUUAUUAUCAUUAUUCCGAAUAAAUUAUAUGUUGCCA